GAGGAUUUCGGAGGGGUGGUGGCGCGCAUGCUCUAUUGAAAACGUGCCACCAAGCGACCCUCGGUGACUUCAGUACAGCUGAGAAACUCAAGGCGAUAUUUCUACCUUCGUAACGGAUAUUAUAUUCAGGAGAAUAUUAUUCUUCACUUUUAAAAAAAAUGAAGCCAAAGUUUUCAAUACCGCCAUCCUUUCGAAAAAGGUUAAUUAAACAUAAAACUUUGUGACGCACACCACUUUACUCACUCAAUUUAUUCAGAUUUUUGAGAAACGUUUAAGAAUAACUAUAUAGGUUUUUAUUGAUGAAUAUUGUACAGAUUUACGUUACAUAUAAGUAGAAUGUCAAACAUUUUUAGUUGUUUUUUAUUAAAACGUAGGAAGUUGUAGAGUAAGGGAAGGAACCACUAAUGGUUAACACGGAGCGUGAAAAGCAAAGCUUUUGGUAUAGUCAAUGAGCAUAAAUUAUUAAGGUGCUAGUCAUAAUUCUUUUUUUGAUAAUGAUUACAUGGAAAGUUAAAAAUUGAGUAUUUUGUGCUGACAAUUCCUAUCAUAAAAACAUGGAACCUUACUCUGAUGAUCUACUGUGGUUAGUUAUAUGUGGAUUUGUGGUGGCAUUUAUUUUGGCGUUCGGUAUUGGUGCCAAUGAUGUAGCCAACUCAUUUGGAACAAGCGUUGGAUCCAAGGUCCUUACACUAACACAAGCAUGUAUUCUCGCUACUAUAUUUGAAAUCGCAGGGGCUGUUUUAAUAGGGUAUAAAGUAUCAGAUACAAUGAGAAAAGGUAUACUAGAUGUUUCAUUGUACGCUGAUGGCGGAGAGAGACUCCUAGCUGCAGGAUGCCUCGCAGCUUUACUCGCGGGAGCGGCGUGGCUUAUCCUGGCAACAUUUUUACGUUUACCGGUUUCUGGAACACACUCUGUUGUUGGUGCUACAGUUGGAUUUACUCUUACAGCAAAGGGCCCAAUCGGUGUUCGUUGGUCUACUCUAGGUGCUAUAGUUUUGUCGUGGUUUAUCUCACCGGUAUUAAGUGGAGCGGUUUCGGCUCUUCUGUUUUGGUUGGUACGGAGAUUUAUUCUUCGAGCCUCUCAACCUCUGACUGCUGGAUUACAUGCUUUACCUUUCUUUUAUGGAGCUACAGUGGCUGUUAACGUGCUGAGUGUAGUGCAUGAUGGUCCUAAAUUAUUAGCUAUGGAUAAAAUUCCAAUGUGGCUAGCUUUGUCUGGAUCAGUAGCACUUGGCGCCGUAGCGGCUAUUUGUGUCCGUCUUUUCCUUGUACCAUAUUACCGCCGACAACUUACAGCGAAUCCUGUGAACUUUACUCUUGGUCUCUCAAACGAAACAACUCCAGCAAAUACGCCAACACAUUCAAAUAAAACUAGCGUUCCGCAAAGACCUACUUCAUUACUUUCCGAUGAUGGAAAAGUUCUAGAAGCGAUAGCAGAAAGUGCUGAAAUGGUCACUUUGAGUGAUGCUGAUAAAUGUUCUCUUGGAGUCAGAGAAAUGAAUGCUAGAAACAGAGCCCUAUUGGCAACGAUGGACGAUUGUAGUAUACUUUCACGAAGUCUUAGUCCUCCCGAUAAAGUCCGAUUGCAGUUGAUUGAUGCUGAUCCUCAGAUUAAUACAUUGAAGUACAUUGACGAAACACUUAGUUGUUGUAAGAGCUUAGAUUCUAAUCAGCUUGUAGGAAUGGGUGAAAGUUAUGAUUCAAAGAAUGGAUUUAUAGGCGAUUCUUGUGAUACAAUUGCACGCGUUGAAUUGGGAAGGAUGUCUGCAGUUAGAGCUAUGUCUGGUGUAGUUGAUUUUGAUACUCCUCCACCUAGAAUUAAUAAGGGCCCUGAAGGAGGCAGUGCUUGGAGUAUAGAAUGUGAUGGUAGGGUGGGUCUGCCAGCGAUAACACCCAACUCCAGCGCGGCUCCGCUGCUCAAAGCUACCACCCCACCCCCACCAGCGCCAGCCCCACCUCCGCCGCCGGAUACCUUGAAACUUUUUUCAUUUUUACAAGUCUUAACUGCUACAUUUGGCGCUUUUGCACAUGGUGGUAACGAUGUAAGUAACGCUAUAGGUCCCCUAGUUGCACUAUGGUUGCUGUAUUCCGAGGGAGGUGCGCACGCCCGCGCAGAGACGCCGCUUGCUAUUCUUGUGUUUGGCGGCGUCGGCAUCGCACUGGGCUUGUGGCUUUGGGGACGUCGCGUUAUCAAAACGGUUGGCGAAGAUCUGACAAGCAUUACACCAGAUACUGGUUUCACCAUAGAGCUAGGAGCAGCCCUCACUGUGCUGGUAGCCAGCAAGGCAGGGCUGCCCGUCUCCACCACACAUUGCAAAGUUGGUUCGGUCGUUUGUGUUGGUUACUUCUCAGAGAAGUCUGUUGAUUGGAGUCUGUUCAGGAACAUAAUUUUCGCAUGGGUGGUUACAGUCCCCGCCGUCGCGGCUAUGGCGGCACUAUCUAUGCUUGCGCUUGAAGCAUUUGUUGUAUAAUAUUUAAUAAUUUGCACGGAAACAUUGAAAAUUAAAUAAGUCAUAAGCGAAAUUUGAAGAUAAAGGUGAUGAAGAUUAUGAAAAUUACGUAACUAUUUAGUUUUUCAAUUAAGUACCUAUUAGCAUCAAAAUUUACAUCUUUGAACUCGAUAGCUGAGCUUUUUAGGUUCAACAUAAUUCAUUGUUUAAUAAGUGAAGUAAUUAAGGAGUAUCGAAUUUUAGGCUAUAACUUUUCUUAGUAGGUACACAAAUAUAUACCUACAAUCUGCAUACACAAUGUACUUAUAUUAUGUCUUAAUACAAGUAGUUUUUCAAUGACUGUAGGUACUUUCAUAAAACUUUUAUACUUUCAUAGAAUUGAAAAUUUCUUCUCUAGGUCUUAUUUAUAUAUGAAAAUUGUAUGAGCCGUGUAUCAGACAACAUUUAGCCAAAAAAUAAGGAUGACAGCACGAUUCUUUAAUUUUUCCAAACUUAUAGUCAACAUGUCUUGUAUAAUAUUGACUAAAUGCCUACAAUGUAGUUGAA